AUGUCGUCGACGGUGGCCUCCUACACGCGCUGGUACGAGAGCCAGAAGCCAGUCCCAUACCGUAGCGUUCUUCAAGAGAAGUUCGAGCCGGGACAAACCUUGAUCGUCAAGGGCUCGACGAUCGAUGAGUCGCAGCGUUUCACGAUCAACUUGCACAGCAAGACGGCCGAUUUUUCCGGCAACGACGUGCCGCUUCACAUCUCGGUGCGUUUCGAUGAGGGAAAGAUCGUCCUCAACUCGAUGGCGAAUGGCGAGUGGGGAAAGGAAGAGCGCAAGUCGAACCCGAUCAAGAAGGGAGACUCGUUCGACAUCCGCGUUCGCGCUCAUGACGACCACUUCCAGAUCAUCGUCGACCAUAAGGAGUUCAAGGACUAUGAGCAUCGUCUUCCGCUCUCGUCGAUCUCGCACUUGUCGAUCGAUGGCGACUUGUACUUGAACCAUGUUCACUGGGGAGGAAAGUACUACCCAGUUCCAUACGAGACCGGGCUCCUCAACGGAUUCCCAGUCGGCAAGACGCUUUUGAUCUUCGGAACCGUUGAGAAGAAGGGCAAGCGUUUCCACAUCAACUUGCUCCGCAAGAACGGCGACAUCGCGCUCCACUUCAAUCCGCGUUUCGACGAGAAGCACGUCAUCCGCAACAAUUUGGCCGAUAAGGCUUGGGGAAAUGAGGAGCGCGAAGGCAAAUUGCCGUUUGAGAAGGGCGUUGGAUUCGACUUGGCGAUUACCAACGAGGAGUACGCGUUCCAAUUCUUCGUCAACGGCGAGCGUUGGGGAACUUUCGCUCAUCGCGCUGAUCCGAACGACAUCGCUGGACUCCAGAUCGCCGGCGACAUCGAGCUCACCGGAAUCCAGAUUCAAUAA